AUUAAAAUGUGUAUAUAUAUGAUAUUUUAAACCUUCCUCUUGCUGUAGAGCGUGAAUAAAAGUCGCGUUUAAAAUCAGAGUUUAUAAAUCAGUGAGUUUCAGCUGUGCUAGUCAGUUAGCCUGGGUGUGAUGUAAACAUUGCGCGUGACUGUCGGGUGUCUCGAGCGCUUUCAGCUGAAUGAUGAAUCCGCCAUUUUAUAUGUGUGAUAAAGUCUAACUGUGUGUGUUUGUCAGCAUGGCGUUGGUGCCCUAUGAUGAAAACGUCCUUCCGUCUCUAUCCAAACUCCACUCGUCUUCGGCUGAGUUCCGGUUCGCAGAGCGCCGCAUCCGAUUGGCUCAGGACUGGAGAGGAGGGGGCGUGGCCGCGGUCGUGUGGGACGCGGCGGUGGUGAUGUGCGUGUACCUGGAGCUCGGCCGUGUGGACCUGAAGAACAGAACCGCCAUCGAGCUCGGUGCCGGGACGGGUCUGGUGGGCAUCGUUGCUGCGCUGCUCGGAGCUGAUGUAACGAUCACCGACCGGAGCUCAGCCCUGGAGAUCUUGGAGGCUAACGUGAAGGAGAACGUUCCUCCACACCUGCAGGGGGCAGUGCGAGUUUCCGAGCUGACGUGGGGAGAAGGAUUAGCGCGCUAUGGUCCCGGCGGCUACGACCUCAUCCUGGGGGCGGACAUCGUCUACCUGGAGGAGACGUUCUCCGAUCUGCUGCGCACCCUGGAACACUUGAGCUCGGAGAACACGGAGGUCCUUCUGGCGUGUCGAAUCCGUUACGAGCGCGACCAGCGCUUCCUGAGCAUGCUGGGAAACCGGUUUUCGGUGCAGGAGGUUUACUACGAUUCACAGAGGGACGUUCACAUCUACAGAGCGGUGAAAACUGACACGAAGGCCGAGCUCUGAGGACCGGACCGGACCGGACGUCCUGAUAAACGUCUACGAUUUCAUCAUGGCGCAUGUCGAUGUAAUGAUAUUGAAUGUUAUAAAAAGAUGUUUUUUACUCAGAGAGUCUUCGCUUCGUAAAC